AUGGAAAAGGCAGAUAACGACUAAACUAACGGUUGUAUAUUUGAGGUUAUACUAAACUUUUUAUUAAGAGUGGAUCUGUUAGCCAAAGGAACAUAAAAUAAGCAUUGGUGUGUUAGAAAUAGAAGUGUUGGAGAUAGGGUUCUGUCGUGUGGUAGCAUUCUGCUCCUUCCUUUCUACUUUGUCUUCUUUUGCGUUUUGUUUGUUUGGUUGUCAUGAUGUCACGUGAAUGUCUACUGCACCCCACCCCACCCCACCCCCCUUCCCUUCUUUUAAAACACCUCUAAUCAUCAGAUCAUUUCCACUCCUUAAUGUGAUCAUCCAACAAAUUUGAUUGAUAGUAUUUUCCUAUCAACCUUAACCUCUCUCCUAUGGAGCAAAUGAAGGAUAAGGAGCAGCAGCCGCCCUUCAACUUUGGCCUUGUUUCUUCCUCCUCCUCCUCUUCUGCUUCAUAUCGUAUUUUCUUCAAUCCAACUCAAGAUCACAUGGGGUUUUAUCACCCCCAGUUAUACCACCCCCAGGAUGAGUAUUAUGGGUAUGAUAGAGGAUCAUCAUCUUAUGAGAAGGUCGAAAAUGGGGUGAAAUUGAGGGUGUGGAAGAAAGCUGAAGAUGAGGAAGGUGGAGUAAAAUGGAUGAGGAAGAAGCAGGAUCGCGUAGGUGAAGUUAAAAAAGUGAUGCCUUCGUCUUCAGUGGAAACUGAUUUGAGCUCAUCUUACACCCCAAUUAGGGUUUGCUCAGAUUGCCACACAACCAAGACCCCUCUUUGGAGAAGUGGUCCCAAAGGCCCCAAGUCUCUUUGCAAUGCGUGUGGGAUUAGGCAAAGGAAGGCAAGGCGCGCCAUGGCUGCGGCUGCCAACGGCGGAGGGGCGCCCUCGCCAUCGACGAAGCUGGUGGUGAAGGAGAAGAUGGGCAAAAGUGGGUUGAAGAAGCGCAGCAAACUGAGCGGUGGAUCAUCUAGUGGGAAGAAGAUGGAUUUCGAGGAUUUCUUGAUAAAUUUGAGCAACAAAUUAGCAAUUCAUAGAGUUUUCCCUCAAGAUGAGAAGGAAGCUGCCAUCUUGCUCAUGGCUCUAUCUUCUGGCCUCGUUCAUGCCUGAUGUUUAAUCAUCAAGUUUGAUUCUUGAUUCAGACACACAGACAGGGAGAGAUCUUCAUUCCAUGUGUGAGAGAGAGAGCUUUAGUUUUUCUUUUCUUUUUGUGAUCCAUCAGUUUGUAGAAGGUCCACCACUUAGAUUUUCUGGUGUUGAUCGUUUUAUGAUUUUAAAUAAGGAAAAAUGAGUAUUAAUAUUGAA